AUGAUGGCUUCUUGUUCUCAGAAAUUCCAUCGAUAUAUGAAAUCAUUGAUGAGAAGCCAUUUCGACAAGAUAUUCACAAUCACUUACGAGUCGAGAACCUCUCAUUUUAUCGACAUUUCAUCAUCUAGCAGUGAAGACGAUCCAUUUAUAAGCAUACCGGCAAGUCUCAGAACUCGUCCACUCGUCCCGAUCAAUCUGUGCGGAAUGGAUUUACAAGUUUGCAUGCCAACCAGAAUUCACCCACUUGAGAUACAAUGCAAUAGGAUCGGUGAGCUCACGACUACGAAAUCGGAGGCGCUCUUGAACCAAACGCUGGUCGCCUUCACAAACUCAUUAAUGACAAAGGACGUUCUAAUGCAGAGUAUGAUGAAGAGCUUCCCAAACAUUAUGUGCGGGAACGGAUGCGUCUCAUUGAGGAAGGAGUCAUCAAGGACAAAGAGGAAAUGUUGUCUUCUUAAACAUGCAAUUAAAAACAAAGAAGAGCAAUUAACUCAUAUUCGAUGCGGCAAAUGUGAUAUUGUUCUCCUUAAUAAUUAUGGACGCCACGUGUUUGUCCGAAUCUCUAACAAUAUCGGUGAGCUCACCACUACGAAAUCGGAGGCGCUCUUGAACCAAACGCUGGUCGCCUUCACAAACUCAUUAAUGACAAAGGACGUUCUAAUGCAGAGUAUGAUGAAGAGCUUCCCAAACAUUAUGUGCGGGAACGGAUGCGCCUCAUUGAGGAAGGAGUCAUCAAGGACAAAGAGGAGUACGAGAUUGUGGAAGUGGACGAAGGAUAUUUCAAAUGGAAGUUUAGACGGAAGAUUCAAUAAAGCUUGA